AUGGAACAAUCCCCAUUUGGUUCAAGAAGGCAUGAUGAAUCUGAAUUCAACUUGAAAGAAUGGGGGCUCAAGGCUCGAAUCAGCCGUGAUAAUAUGAGUUCAAGAAGAUUUUCGGCGUCGAAUAUUAGAAGUUUUAGAGAAGAUACAAGGUCUAUCAAAUCAAAUAUUACCAUUUCUAGUACUGCUUCUUCUCCUGGCUACACCUUAAAAGAGGAAAUUGACCCUUCUACAUAUUCAUUCACCACAGCCCUGAAAGCAUUGCAGGCAAAAACUGUGUAUACAUGGGAGUACCUUUCUCCCGAGGGCUUUGUUCUCAACUCCAAGUGGAAUGAUGCAGAAAAGUACAUUUCAAAUCCUCUAUCGGGUGAAGUUCCGUUGGAGUGUUUAUCUGCGAAAACUCUCAGCGGAAGAUCUUUUCGAAGCCUUACCAGCAGAAUUACAAUGUCUGCUCCCCUCAUUUAUCCUAAUCACUUGCAGCAAUUCGACGCCAAGUCUCCCAUUGCAGAACAUGAAAAUGAAGUUCAAAUUCCUAAUCAAGAGGAGAAGAAAAUAAGCACAACUAGAGAUAAGGGGACUCAGAGCACGCCGGCUGACCUUAGCUCGGGCAGCCUAAGUCCUGCGCGUACACCUUCAAUUGAAGAAAGAUCAAUAAAGCGCAGUGAAGCAGAAGGUGAAGACUCUUCUAUUUCAAGUGAAAAAUUAAAACCAGAGAAAGAGGUUGAAGUGAAAGAAACAAUAGAGAGAGUGGACACAAAAAUAAAUGAACUAGGAGAGAGAAAGAAGAUGUGCAUGCAAGGUGGAUGUCUUUCACUGAGGAAUUUGUGGAUGAGAAGAAGGCAGAAAAAGAAACAAAAAUCAAGAAACAAGAAUACCUUUCCUUACCAUCUCAAUGCUUGCUAA